AUGGACGAUUCAGCUUUACUCGACCUUUUUAUGGCCUACGAAUUGCUCCGAUCCUUCCCGAAGACUCUGGGAUGUAUCGUUGUCGACUGGAGACCGAUCCGUUGUUCGCGCUCACGCUCUCCACCGCCUAUGUGGAGUUGGCAGUGA